AUGGCGUCCCCAACCGGCGGCUCCCUGGGCCUCCUGCUCUGGCUCCUGCUCCUCCAGCCUUGGCCCCGUGAGGCGGAGGGGGGGUCCGCGCCGCCCCCACCGUCCCCGGCGCCCACCUCCCCGUCGUCGUCGGGGGGCGGCCGCGAGGGCCCCGGCGCGAGCGUGUGGAAGGCUGAGGGACCAUCUGCGACCCCCGGGCCCCAAGAGCCCCCCGCAUCCCCUCAAGUGGUGGCGGUCACCCCAGGAUGCGGCCAGAGGUCUAUGAGGAUAGUUGGGGGACUGCCGGCCGCAGAGCGGAAGUGGCCCUGGCAGGUGAGCCUGCAGAUCAAUGAUAAACACAUGUGUGGAGGCUCCCUCAUUGCCAGUCGGUGGGUGCUGACCGCCGCCCACUGCAUAUUUGGCCAUGUGGAGUACACGGCAAAGCUGGGAGACAUCUUCAUGAAGCAUACCUCCAGAAUGGCAGUCGAGAUCCCCGUCCGAGACAUCGUUAUUCACCAACAUUACAAUCCUAUUGGAUUAAUUGAGAAUGACAUUGCCCUGGUUCUGCUUGAGUUCCCCGUGAAUUUUUCCUCCCACAUCCAGCCCGUGUGCCUCCCUAAAAAGGCGUUCAUGGUACAAGCUGGUACAGAGUGCUGGGUGACUGGAUGGGGGAAGCUCAACGAAGCAGGACCUGGGGUCUCAGAAGCUGCCGAAAGGCUACAGGAGGCUGAGCUAAACAUUAUCCGUUAUGAGAAAUGUAACACAAUGCUCCAAACCCAGAUGGAAACUACUAGUGACAUAGUCAAGGAAGGGACAGUCUGUGGUUACAAUGCCCAAGGAAAGGAUGCCUGCCAGGGAGACUCUGGGGGGCCCCUGGUCUGUGAACUUAAUGAAACAUGGGUCCAGGUGGGGAUUGUGAGCUGGGGCAUUGGCUGCGGUCGCAGAAAUUAUCCUGGAGUUUAUACAGAAGUUAGUUUCUACAAGGACUGGGUCAUUGAUCACUUGAGUCAGGCUUGCUCUUGGGACUCAGCAGGCUCCUUCCCACUUCUGUGUCUGCUGCUGCCCCUGGGCACCCUGGUGGCCCCGUGA